AUGGCUCUGACACUCCACGGCUAUGCCACAUCCCUUUGCACUUGGCGCGUGCGCACUGUAUUUGAGGAGAAGGGGGUCGAGUAUGAAUUGAUCACCGUCGACUUGUUUAACGCAGAACAAAAGUCCGAAGCUUAUGUCAAAAGUCUUCAUCCGUUUGGUAGAAUUCAUAUUCUCAUUAAUAAUGAGUCUGGCAUCCAGGUUUUCGCGAUCGCUCAAUAUAUUUCAUCCAAAUACCGCGGUCAUGGAAUCAAUCUAUCUCCUCCCAAGAGUAAUUUGAAAGCAUACGCUCAAUAUCAACAGGCUUUAUCCAUUGAGCUAUCUUACUUCGACCCCGCUGUUAAUACGAUCGUCUAUGAAAAUGUUUUCAAGAGCAGGAGAGGACGAGGAUCUCCAGAUACAAGCGCUAUCAAGAGCGCUAUCGACCAACUUGAUGACGCCCUGCAGAGUUAUGAGCGCCUUUUAUCCAAACAAAGCUAUCUGGCGGGGGAUGAGAUUAGUCUGGCAGAUUUAUUUCACUUGCCAUAUGGAACAAAGGCUGAGCCAUUCGGCUUGGGGGAUCUCCUUGGAAAAUAUCCAGCUGUCAGCAAGUGGUGGAAUGAAUUAAAAGCUAGAGAAAGUUGGAUAAAAGUUGACAGUUAA